CUCGAACCUCGAGGCUGAUAAGCAGCGCGAGAAGAGGCCGAGCGAGUGAGCAAUUGGGCUCUUAUUCCGAGCAGCGACAACCGCGCAGUAGAGAAGUAGGCAGACCGUAGACAGCAGCUGUUACCCGGAAUAUUUAGGCCGAUCGGUGGAGUCCAGCGGGCUGCGUACGUUGCAGCGGGCGUAUUGGGUCCCGCGAUAGCAAAGCGUGGGCCGGGUUCGUGACGAGCACCGUCCUCUCCUCCUCUCCUCCUCUCUUCCUCCUCCUCAUCUUCCUCUUCACCAGCCCGCGUGUCUGCUUCCGCCCGCCGUCCAUUCAUUUCUCCACCCGCAUUCGCUCAAACACGACCGCAAUGUCUCUGCCUGAGAACACGACCCACGUCUGGACCACCCUCCUUACAAACACAAAGUACCUACCUGGUCUCCUCGCCCUCGAGUACUCCCUCCGCAAGGUCGGCUCCAAGUACCCCUUCCUCGUUCUCUACACCUCCACGCUCGAACCCGAAGGCCACGCCGCCCUCGAAGCACGUGGUAUUCCUAAGCGCGAGAUCGCCUACCUCCUGCCCAAGAGCCACAAAGACUAUGGCAACGACGUCCGCUUCUACGACUGCUGGUCGAAGCUCCAGCCCUUCAACCUCACCGAGUUCAAGCGUGUCGUCCAGCUCGACUCCGACAUGAUCGUCGUCAAGAACAUGGACGAGCUCAUGGAAUUGGAGCUCAACGAUACCGACCGUAUCUUCGCCGCAUCUCACGCAUGCACCUGCAAUCCCUUCAAGAAGGCCCAUUAUCCCAAGGACUGGGUUCCCGAGAACUGCUCCUUCACUCACCAGCACGACACCCCUGAUGUUGCCCAGACCGAGGGCGCGCCCACCAACACCGGCCUCGCCAUCUGCAACGGUGGUCUCCAGGUCGUCAACCCGUCGAAGGACUCCUACGACAAGAUUGUCGCCGCCAUGGCAUCUCCUACCAUGACCGAUAACUACGAAUUCGCCGACCAGUCCCUGCUCUCGGACGUCUUCCGUGACUCGUGGGUUCCUCUCUCAUACAAAUACAACGCCCUCAAGACACUGCGCGACGUCCACAAGCCAAUCUGGCGCGACGAGGAGGUCAAGAACGUCCACUACAUCUUGACCCCCAAGCCAUGGGAUCUCCGUGAUCCCGAGAACGAGCUCUUCGAGUGGUGGUGGAAGAUCAACGACCAGCGCCACGCUGACGAGAAGGCUGCAAACGUCUACGACGGCUUCUAAAACUGUUUUACUAUCUUUGUGACUACGUGCAGCCUGUAACCGUCAGCUGUAUUUUUAUCUCGUUUGUAACAUACUGUUUUACUAGUACCUUGCUUUUUCCCACAUCUUAAAAGAUUGAUUAUAUUUCUAAAUUUGCUCGCGUUCCUUUGUAAAUUUGCUCAUAUCAUCCUCGUUUGUUAUCUUACAAAUCGGAUCCUUCCCUCUACUGAUUCCGAUAUACGAAUCGACAACUUUCACAUCAUUGACACUAAUUU